GCACACUGAUGCAUUUAAACAAAUCUUGCGGGUGUUUACACACUAAUGUUACAUCAUAGAUAAAGUGAAUUCCGCAUUAAUUGAAUGAUAUUAAUGUUCUUGAUGCUGUGGAUUAUAUAAUUAUAUCAAGUGUAAGACAAUGAAGAGAAAGACAAAAACGAACGUUUAAAAGUGUUUAUAAUUAAUAAUGGAGUAUUUGUAUAUGUUGUUUGUGAAUAUGGGUCACGUUUGGCACUAUCUUGGUGUUAACUGAGCUUUAGGAAGUCGGGUACAAGAAGCGUAAGUGAGGACAGUUCUGCAUUACAUCUGUAAAACUCGACCUCUUCAUGUUCAGGAUAUCCAAUGACUCUGCAUUUUCCAUCACCGUUGUCUCCGAAGGAUUACUCAUAUCUGGCGGCAACAUCAUGUAUCGAAAACACAAACUUCUGAUUGCAGUAUGGUAACAAUCAGUUUACCACCUGAAUUGAAGAAAAUUGAACAAAUUCUAUUCGCUUCAAUAAAACAAAAUCGAUUAGAUUUAGUCAAUAAAAUCAUUCAAGAUCGCAAAUGUGAUGUCAAUGUACGUGAUAAUUUUGAUCGUACUCCACUACAUCUUGCUUCAUCUUCUGGGAAUUUAGCAAUGGUCAAAGUAUUGAUCCUAGGGAGAGCAAUAGUUGAUCCAAUUGAUAAGUUUGGCAUUACACCUUUAUUCUGGGCUGUAUACAAUAAUCAUAAGCACGUGGCUGUUUAUUUGAUUGAAUCAGGUGCUAAACAUAAUCGAGUUACAAAACAAGGUUUCACAAUCAUUCACUUUAUUGCUGAGUCCAAUGCAGUUUCAAUACUGAGGUAUUUAUACAGAAAAUUCCAAAUUUUAAACUAUGAUGUUGCAGAUAAUAAUGGAGUAACACCAUUUUUGAUAUCUGCUUCAAAAGGUAAUGACCUGAUGAUGGAGAUCCUUAUUAAACAGAAAUGUAAUAUACUGGCGAAAGAUAUGCAUGGGAGAAAUGCACUUCAUUUAGCGUCAAAAAAUGGUCAUAUAGAUUCGUUGGCACAUUUAUUAUCUUUGACAGAAUUAAAAGACAUAAUUGACGAUUUGGAUGAAAUGGGUAACAGUGCUCUGCAUUUGGCUUGUGAAAACAACCAACAGGACUGUGUUCGACUACUGCUAGAGUCUGGUGCUAAUCCAAACAUUGAAACCAGUAGUCAUGAUUGUCCGUUGAUUGAAUGUUCAAGAAGAGGGUUUCACAAGUGUAUUGAUCUACUGAUAGAAAAUAAUGCGGAUAAAGGGAAAAAGACCAAGGCUGGGGAUACAGUUCUGCAUGAAGCUGCUUUGGGUAAUUUAACAGAUACAAUUUACUUUCUGUUUUCAAGAAAGUUUGAUGUGACCGCUACAAAUGAGCAUCAACAGACACCUUUGCAUUAUGCAGUUUCUCAGAAUAGACUUGAAGCAGUCGAAGCACUUUUAUUUUGUGGUGCUCCAUUGGACGUGAAAGAUAAGGAUGGUCACACUCCUCUCAUGGUUGCAGCUAGAGCGAACUACACAGUAUUGGUUGAUAUGAUCAUACGAGCUGAUAGAUGGCGUAAAACAUAUCCGGCAGACGCUAAAAAAUUCCUUGAUGAAAUUGUACAAAUACAAGAGAACAGAUGUGUAACACCAAGCUUGCAGUCGAGAAAACGUCGUUCAAAGUCUCGUAAACACGUAGAGAUAUCUUCAAGAAGUCAAACAGAAGAGUUAACUGACAAUGAUGAUUCUGACAGUGGAACAUUUGUUGCUCAGAAAACAUCACCAUCGUCAGAAACAAUAUCAUUUGAACAGGAUGAUACUAGAUCACAAAAUGCUUAUGCACUACCCCGACAAAAUCCUCAAAUCUAUUCCCCUAACACUUCAGUAUAUUCACAAAAUAAUUCUGUACAUAAUGAUGAUUUAUUCAUGUCAGAGUUUAUUGAUCCAUUCAAACAAUUCACUGAAGAGUUUAAUGGUCAUAAUAAUAAACAUGGUAGGAUGAUUAUCGAUCAUCGUUCAAGGUCAACAGCAAGUUCUGAAUCAGGCAGUGAAUUAUCCCUAGGCUAUGAAGCUAGUCGUGUUUGGAAUCAAGCAAAUACUCGUCACAUAAACGAGCCAUCAAAUGGAUUAAGAAGUCCUCUACGAUCUAGUAGCUUGAAUCAUAAUCACAACUACUCAGAAACUGAUUUAAGUGAACAAUACAAUCAUAGUAAUAAUAAUAAUAAUGGUAUUAGUAAAGAUCGAAUACAUACAAGUCUUACAAAUUUAUCGAAUCGUAUUCAAGGCGAUGAAAUCCAUCUGCCGAAUGGUGAAACACUCUUUCGUGUCAAUAAUGCACAAGUGAUUCAGUCAAAUAAGAAUAUGCGUUUAACCAGUGGUUUCGGGUUGAAUUCAACCAAUCCGUUUACACUUAGAGCACCAUGCCAACAUUAUGCAGAAGAUAUGAAUAUUCUAUUCUUUGAAUAUUCUCAUCGGCAUGCAAAACCGUGGGAUUGGAAACAUUUAGCGGAAUUUUGGGCGUUUACAUCAGACGAUGUAAAAGCGAUUGGUUAUCAGAAUAUUGGUAAGAAUUCUUACAAAGAGCAUACAUUUCGUCUAUUGAACAUUUGGUUACAUGGAGUGGGUGAUAAUCAAUCUCCAUUGAAUGAAUUAUACUUAGCGUUAACUACAAUUGGACGAAAAAGAACUGCUGAACAAUUAAGAAAACGUGUCAAUGCAUUAAGUAAAGUGAAUGCUAAAAAUAAAUGCAUAGUUUCAUAGGAUACUACUGAAAAGAAGUAACUCAGUAGAUUCUGAUGAUUCAAAGCAGUAGAAUGAUGCAUAUCUGUAAAGUUGUAAUCUCUUGUGCCCGUGUUUUCCGUCCUUUAAAGAAAUGAAACUCAUCUACACUUCAAUUGAUUCUGUGAAUGAUUGUUUUGAAUUCCCCUCCUCUGUUCAAUAUUCAAGGUCACCACAUGUUGUUUGAGUAAUCUGAUAGGCGGGAAAAAACUUCGACACACACGAAGACAUUCACCGCCAAAAAAGCAGCAUAGUCCUUUCAAAAGUGGUGACCUUUUUUUAAAUUCCUCGCCUUCCUGUCUAAGGCUUUAUGAUUACUAAAAAUUUUAUUCUCUUGUACAAAUAACUAUUCUGAAGUAAAUGUGUUUUUUUAUG